GAAGAAAGGAUCGGUAACUCGAUCUGAAUCACUUGAGAGAUUUGAACAAAAGCAAGCCCUAGCCAUCAUCAUCGUCUUCUUCUUCUCUGAUCCCGUCUUUCCAACACAAUCACCAUGACGAAGCAACAAGCAAACUGGUCUCCUUAUGACAACAAUGGCGGGACCUGCGUUGCUAUAGCUGGAGCUGACUACUGUGUUAUCGCUGCUGAUACCAGAAUGUCAACGGGUUACAGCAUUCUAACCCGCGAUUAUUCCAAAAUCUGCAAAUUAGCAGAUAAAGCUUUUAUGGCCUCUUCAGGAUUUCAAGCCGAUGUUAGAGCUCUGCAAAAGGUUUUGGGAGCUAGACAUUUGACUUAUCAGCACCAACAUAAUAAGCAGAUGAGUUGCCCUGCUAUGGCUCAGUUGCUUUCCAACACACUUUACUACAAACGCUUCUUUCCUUAUUAUGCAUUCAAUGUGUUGGGUGGCCUUGAUAAUGAAGGAAUGGGAUGUGUAUACACUUAUGAUGCUGUUGGAUCUUAUGAGAGAGUUGGAUAUAGUGCUCAAGGUUCUGGUUCUACACUCAUUAUGCCAUUUUUGGACAACCAGCUAAAAUCUCCAAGCCCCCUUUUACUACCUGCCAAGGAUGCUGUCACUCCUCUGUCUGAAAUCGAAGCAAUUGAUUUGGUGAAGACUUGUUUUGCAUCUGCCACAGAAAGGGAUAUAUACACUGGAGACAGACUGGAAAUAUUUGUGGUGAAUGCUGCUGGAGUUCGUCAAGAGUUGAUGGAACUUAGGAAAGAUUGAUCAUCAUCAUCUUGGGUCAUUGCUUAUCAACAAAUCCAGUUUCUUUUGGAAGAUAGUCUUUUAUGGAUUUUUAUGGAGUAUUUUCAAAAUUAAAGUGGUUUCUUUGUCAUGAGAUGGAUGGUAUGAUUGUCAACAGCAAUAACAUGUUUUAAGUUCUAUGAAUUUGAUGUUGUUUUAAUAUUCAAUAUAGAGUCUUCAAAACUAA